AAGCCUUUCAUCUUAUCAGGUGUGGUUUAUUGCCCCUGGUUACACAGUAAUUUUGGUCUCCACUCCAUGAAGAGGUCAUAUGAUGGGAUAUCAGCUCAAGAAUUGUCAGUUCAUUGGACAAAUAAGGCAGGGCCUGCCAAUACAAUAAUAAGAGCCUGAUAACGAAGGCACAGAGGAGAGGCAGCAGGAGAUGGAGACACAACCAUAGCAAUUUAAAAGGUCAGCUGGGCGCUAGUGGGGAGAGGAGUGCACCUUCCCAGCUGCAUGUUUCCUGGGGUGCACCGAGAGCAGGAGAGGACUUUCUGCCCUGUGACUGCUUUGCCAGGAAGAUAAUGGACCCCCGUGAAUGCGUUAGCCAGGGGAAGCCCAGCCUGUCCUUUUCCAUUGAGGAGAUCUUAAAGAAACCUUCUGCCAGCACCACACCAAGCAGUGAAAUCAGGAACAGAAUUAACUAUACUGAGACUUCUUUAGCCCUAAAAGCAGGAUCACCACUUGCCUUUGAUUCCAUCAGCAGGGGUCAACUGGAGAAUGACUUACCUUCGGAUAAAAUGCUUCUCCCUGCCAUGUGUACUACACCCAUGACCAGAGCAAAGAAAAUGCAGGGAGCCCACUGCAGGAGACUUACUGACAGCCCAGCUUCCCUCUUGGGUGAGGAAACAGGCCGUGAACACCUGGAAGGCAAAAGAAAACACGAUGAAGAGGAAGAUCAGCUAUGUGAUUUCCCAGUGGACCAUCCGCUUCAUGUUGAGAGGAAAGGGAAACGGAGAAUCCGGACAACAUUCACAGCUGAACAGCUCCAGGAACUGGAGAAGAUUUUCCAGGUAACUCACUACCCGGAUAUCCAUAUUCGCAAUCAACUGGCAGCAAAGAUUAACCUCCCAGAAGCCAGAGUUCAGAUCUGGUUCCAAAACCAGCGAGCCAAGUGGAGGAAACAUGAAAAAUUUGGCAACUUUGGUGGCCUUCAGCAUCUGACAGAAGUUGAUUUCAUUCCUGCUCCCAAGGCAGAUAUCGCAGCUUCUAGCUUGAUGCCGAGAAAGCUCGCUGCUACUGUCCCUGCUGUGGGAUACUACUCACCACUGCAAGGGCAACUGACAUCUGCUUGGCUGCCCAACAUGCUCUCCUUCGUCCCUCACCACCUGGAGCUGCUUCCAUUCCCAAAACCAUAUUUACUUUUCAACGUCCUCCCCCCCUAUGGCACCUACAGCACGCCUCUGCCCCACAAGUUGGAACAGAGCAGUAUCUGUGCCAGCUCCACAUAAAGGAGGAUAUGGAGGAGCAGGGGACUUGGGGUGCAUGCCUAUAUCACCCAUGACUGUUUGCAGGGGGCAGGUGCUCUCCUCAAACAAGCAUGCUGGGACGAUGAAUAGCCUGUGGCACGAGGUCAGCUUGCUACGUGAGUGCCACCACAAGAAGCUGCAGCCUAGUGAACAUGGGCGAGAGCCACCGUGGACGUGGAAGGAGAUUCCUGUUGACCUAAGGAGCAGCAUGCUCUGUAGAAACCAAACUGCUCAGCCAAGAGCUUCUCCCUGGGAGGACAGUGCACCAAGCCGAGUGGUCCUGCAAAAAGGACUGGGGUUUUACUCAGCCCUGAUAACACAGGAUGACCCAAAUGCACCGAUGCCUUGCAGCAGGGAAGAUGUCUAUGAUGAGUGCAUAGGUUCAUCCAAAAGGGUUUUCCUCUGUAUGUUUUGGUUUCUUUCCUUGGACAUGCUGGUCGUCAUGCUGGGAGGGGGGAAAAGAACAUGUUUAGGUCAAAAAUCAGAUUUUUAAGAUACUGUUUUUUUCCAAGGAUUUGGUGAGGGAAGGGUGUGGGUUUGAUUUGCUGGCUGUGUGUUUGAGUUGAAUAUAUAAAGGGGUGCAAACACAGUUUGAGCUUACUUAUGGCACUCUGAGAGGGGUAGCAGUGCUAAGCUCUGGAUUUGGUACUGUGAGUCUCCGGGGGCAGAAGAGUUCUUCAGAUGGUUAAUUAAAAUGCUUAUGAGGAA